AUGGCUCCCAAAGUUUGCGUUCUCUACUACUCGAUGUACGGCCACCUCAACAAGUUGGCCGAGGCCGUCGCCGCCGGGGUGCGGGCCGCUGGCGGCACCGCCGACAUCUACCAGGUCCCCGAAACGUUGCUGGACCAUGUGUUGGAGUUGAUGCACGCUCCUCCCAAGGCCAAACACCCCGUCGCCUCGAAGGAAGUGCUCUUGGAGUACGACGCGUUUUUGUUCGGUGUCCCCACCAGAUUCGGUAACUUCCCCGGCCAGUGGAAGGCGUUCUGGGACCAGACCGGCGGCUACUGGGCCCAAGGUAAGUUGUUCGGCAAGUUUGCUGGUGUGUUUGUCUCCACGGGUACCCCCGGUGGUGGCCAGGAAGUCACCGUCGUCAACACGUUGUCGACGUUGGCGCACCACGGGAUCGUCUACGUGCCCCUCGGGUACAAGAACGCCGGCAAGUACCUUACCUCGUUUGAAGAAGUCCACGGGGGUUCGCCCUGGGGGUCGGGUACCUUUGGCGGUGCUGACAACCAGAGACAGGUCACCGAGUUGGAAAAGAACUUGGCGUCGCUUCACGGGCAACAGUUCUAUGAACAAGUGAGCUCUUACUUGAAGUAA